CGGUCCCUAAUCGGAACACUGGUCACUGUGAUUUCGUGUAAUCUCGCAUAACCACCUUUGUUUUUCUGAUGUAGUCGUCGACGUGAAUAUUUAUUAUUCAGUGUAUUUAAAACUUAACUGAAAAUAACUUUUUUUUUAUAUAAAAUUUGAGAGAAAACAAAUAAAGUAUAGAAUAAGAUGAUACAUAUUAAAAAAUUUGAAUUAUCUAAUCUGUAAAGAAAGUUUAUGUAAAGCCAAUCAAGUAAACGUAUUUUGACACAUCAUUAUUGUUAUUUAUCAGAUUUUAGUUGAAUGUUUUAUUUAUUAUAAAUUAUUAGAGGUUUAAUUUGUGCUAAGAAUUGUAUAAUGUUUUAAUAUUACCAAUGGAAACUAAAGUGACUAGUAAAACCAGCAGUCUGAAAGCUCUUCUGUUAAGAGCAUGGCGAGAACGCUGGACUGACUUGCAAUGGGGUAUUAAUAUUAAAACGAUUCUUCCAAGGGGGGUAAGUGGUGAUGUGUACAACUUAGCGGACUGUAUAUUGCAACAAGCAUUAGUGGGACCAGGACCUAAUCAAUUAGUAUUGUCUUAUCUAAAGCACUCGUUAAGUUCUCAGUUGGUGUCUUAUGCAGCAGUAUUACAGCGAAUAAGUAAAUAUGAUGCUUUUCACAAGCCUCACUGCAUUGUGAGCUUACUGGAAUUCUUAGAAUCUAUACAAGUUGGCAUCACGUGUCGUGGUAAACCCGAAGAGGAUCUUUUAGCAGCAGCAGUUUUAUCCAUUGUUCAUUGGCUCUUGCAAUGUUAUUUGCAUACAUUAACAAAGAGCAAUUCUCUUAAUCCAUAUUCAAGUGAACUUAUAGAUAAACCAUCUAGUAUUUUGCAACAGAUGCUAAGUUCUGAUUUUCUCUGUGCAAUGAUGUAUUUAGCUAAAUAUGAUGACAAUGAACUUUAUAAAGAAGUUGUGAAGAAAUGCCAUGAAAUAGAGGCAUUACAAAAGACAAGCACUCAGAAGUCUGUGGUACCGAUAGAGGAUUCUCUGAUGAAGCUAUGUAAUCUGGAGAUUGAGAAUCUCUGUCCCGAGAAGCUCAAAAUGGAAUCCAUUACUCAUUGUCUGCAACCACUCUUUGCCGUUCAGGUGUUAUUGAAUCCCAGCACUGAAACAGCUGUAUUCGUCAAUCAACUGUUGAUGGUACAGAGAUUGAAGAGCUACACGAACGCGCGGCUGUAUUGCGAGAUAAUUCGUGCCUGUUUGAUGUGUCUGAACAAUGUAACGGGAACAGGCAAAGAGUCGCAGUGGGGAGCUUUCACGUUUUUAAAAGUGCCUGUCAUAUUAAAAGAGUUACAUACGGCCAGUUUAAGUGGCGAUGAGAAGUCUGAGUACUCCCAAGACAUUUUAGACGCAUUUGAACUGCUGCUUCAGUCCACACCCCUGCUCGAUAUAAUGGACACCACGUGCUCCUGCAAUUGUGUGGAAUGCUUGCUGAAUGAAUUGCAGAAGGUAAACCUAGUGACAGAAAAGCAAGCGAAGGAAAUAAGCAGCAGGAGAGAGGGAGUGACAGCGGCCCUGCAAAAGUUAGAGCAGUCCAACACCUCAUCGCCGCUUCCGAAGGUGAUUAUACGCGCGGAACCGACGCUAACCGGCAUCUUGAAGACACUAAAUGCCGAUUAUACGAAGAUCCAAGAGAGCUUAUUGGGCAUGUUGUACCAAGUGCUGAUGGGGAAGAGCUUCGAGCUAAUGCUGGCUGUGGCAACCGUGGAGGGGAAGCUGAAAACAUUCGUCACUAAACUCAUCAAAUUUAACGAAUGUAUCAAACAGAUUAACGAGCCUGUGCCCGGUAAAACGGCCGCGACGAGAGCGAUGCUAUUUGAAGUGUCAUUUCUGAUGUUGUGCUCUAUAGUACAAACAUACGGCUCCGACGUUGUCUUGGAAGAAGGCGGGGACUCGUUUUUUGAGCAGUGGGUGCGCGAGUGCAUGCCGGAACGGAACAAGCCGAAGUCGCCGCAGCGGAUGCUGCAGAGCGUUGAGCCGGCGAGGGUGGACGCUCUGCUGGCGCAGAUUAAUUCGCCGGAUCCAGACUUUAAAUCGAGCAAUCUCAAGUGGCAUGUUACAUGCCAGUCGGCGAUGGGAGCGGUGAAGGAACUGCUCUGUGCGUGGGAAAGCGGCGUACUCGGCGCCGGCGACGUCAAGAGAGCACUGGACGGUUUGCGCGCGGCUGCGUGUUGUCUGCCAGUAUGCGCCGCUGCAUGGCUGUGCGCGUAUAUGAGCAUUACGCAUCAGGAUGCUCUGCUGAAGCCUAUGAAUAUGGUUCAACAUUUCCUGACACCGCUGCCCGGUGACGACAAGCAGGACAAGAAGCUUAAAGAAAGGUCCAGUUUAAUGUUUCAAAUUAUUCGGAAGAUGCAAUACGACGUGCAUCCUCCUACACAGUCGAAAACAAAAGUGCUCUCGAUGUCGCACAGUAUUAUAUCGAGACAGCCGAUACUGGAACAAUUGGAAUCCGUUUGGCAAAAUGUAAAUCAACGCGGGUGGAUAACCAUACAAGCGACGCAGUCGCUGGAGUCCUUGUUAAAUACCGGCGGUCCCUCGUGGUUCGUCACGAAUAUAGUCAAGGAAGUGCUGAAGUAUCGCUACCAAGAAGAACUGGAUCAAGCAGUCGAUCUGGCUUUCGCCAUCUUCCACCUUGACAUUGAGAACUGCACUCUGAAUCUUAUAAAUUACAUAAUACCGCUGUACUUGCAUAACACAUUGCAGAGUGACGAACUCGUAGAACCACAGUCAUCCAUCCUGGCGAAAUUGUGCGUGUACUGCAUAUUCUCCACUCUGGAGUACAACAAUUCGAAUCCGUAUCGGGGAAACAGUCGGAAACGUGCGCGAUGCGACUUGGAUGCAGAUGAACUGGACGCGCUCGGCGUGUCCAAUAAGCUCUUGCGACUGAACGAAACGGGCGAGAGCGUUUCCAUGUUUGGUUCGCAGAGUCCGCAGGCGCAGGGUUCGAAUAACGGGCAGAAGUCGGUCAUCCUGAGGGAUCCGCUUAUGACGGCGCUGAACAAUUUGUUCACUCUAUUCUCUUUCCUAGCUGGCCGGGACGGCGAGGUGUCUCAGCAAACACACUUUAUACUUCAAUUUCUGCGACUCAUGGUGCAGUGCGAGAAAGACAGGACUCGUAUUGUGCUGCAAGGAAUGCCGAAAACACUAGUACCUUGUCUUCUGAAAGCAUUGCCCGAAUUGUUCACGACUGAUAUCCUACUAAGAUUAUAUGAUAUACAAACUGUGACAGGGCGCAAAGUGACUGCGCGUGACUUGUGCAUGCUGCGAAACAUCAAUCUGAAACCUACGAAAUAAAAGCACAAUCCUAAAAUGGAAUCAAUCUUUUGAUAAAUGCGAUCUACUAAUAACUAACUAAUGAAUUUAUUAUAUAUAUAUAUAUAUAUA